AUGGAGCAUAUGACAAGAGUUAAUGAUGCUGCAAAUGAUGAAAACGGGUUACUCGCAAUGAUUGGAAGUAGCGAAGGAGGCAAUGGUGGUGGUGGUGAGGGUGGUGGUGGUGAUGGUGGUGGCCGUGUGGAUGAUGUUGCUCUGAAGAAGGGUCCUUGGACAACCGCAGAGGAUGCUAUUCUGAUAGAUUAUGUAACAAAACAUGGUGAAGGGAAUUGGAAUGCAGUGCAGAGGAAUACAGGGUUGGCUCGAUGUGGCAAGAGUUGUAGGCUCAGAUGGGCUAACCAUUUGCGACCCAAUUUAAAGAAAGGUGCUUUCUCCCCUGAAGAAGAGAAACUCAUUGUUGACCUUCAUGCACAGUUUGGCAACAAAUGGGCUCGAAUGGCUGCUUUGUUACCUGGGAGAACAGACAAUGAAAUCAAGAACUAUUGGAACACAAGGAUCAAGCGCCGCCAAAGACAAGGACUUCCUCUGUAUUCAGAUGACCAUGAUCAUCCCACAACACCAACCACACCCACUACCCCUUCAACCCCACCAGGAUCAAACCCAAACACUGCCCCAAAGUUUGAGUUUUUUCAUCAGAACCACCAUCAUAACCCUUUGUCUCCAACAGCAAACCUUCGUUCUCCUCUCUCUUCAUCAUCAUUCCAACAAAGACCACACUCUUAUUCCCCUUACACUUUCUUGGACCCUGCACCUUUACCUUUGUCCUCAUCUUCACCUUCCCCUCUCUCCUUCACUUUCCAAAGACCUGCACCAUUGCUAAGUAACCCACUUCGCUUCAAGCGUUACCGUCCCUCUUCAAGCCACAACGUUCAGUUUCCUUCUAUCAAUGAUCAUCCAAUCACAACCCAGUUGCAUGAUGUUGAUGGAUUCAGGUUCCCAGUUCAGCACAACACAAGUUUUUCUCAGUAUUUUCAGACCCCAUUAUUAGAUUCCGAUCGAGGGGUUUCUUCUUCCUCUUCAGCUUUCCAAAACAAGUCGGAGUUCCCUUCAAACCAAUUUUCAAAACCAACACAAGAGCCAGAUACUAAGCUUGAUAAUCAGUUCAAUGAUCAUGCUUUCCAUAACAGUAGUGGGAUGCUUGGGGAUCUGCUAUUGGAAGCUCAAGCAUUGGCAUCUGGCCAAAAUUCAAAGAAACGAAGUUACUUGAGUUUGAAUGAAGGAAAUGAUGUGUUUGAUGGAUGCCAAAGCUUUGACGACUUUCCACUUAGCUCUUUUUAUUGGUCUUCUACUUCUACUUCAGGACAAAAACCAAAGGAAGAAGCACCUGACAUGAGCAGAUUCACAAACGAGGACUUAUCAUCACUGCUUACUGUAAUGCCUUCCACUACGCAGGGUCAGGAUUGGCAUAAUAACAAUGCACAUGAAGUCUCUCAUGUCCAAUCUUCUGGAGGUGUCAUAACAGAUGACAAUUUUGAACAUGAUAUAAAGCCCUUGUUUCCUCUCACCAACACAACAAACCAUAAUGAAAACCAGGGUUGCUACUCUUGGGAUAAUCUAUCUGGUCUCUGCUAA